UUCAUGGUUUUUGUAAUAGUUCAUUUAGUAUUACAAAUUUCUUAAGCAGGUCGUUUUAAAUGAAAAACUAAUCAUACAAACUAUACUAUUCGACAGUAUGCAGGUUUUCUUGUCCUAAUACAUGUUACACUUGUCACGUUGGAUUUUGUUAAUUUUUUACAGGAACAUUUAUUUUCGUAAGAUGUGUAUCUUUCUUCGUCUAUCUAUGUAUUUUCGUAAUCUUGUUACAAUUAAUUAAUUUUGCGACGAAUUGUCCGUGCGUCGAAUCAUUCUGUGCAAGGAGUGAGAUAUCAGUCUGAUGGUUUCAAAGAAUUGUAUGGAGACUUAAUUGUUGAUUGUAGUGGAAGAUAUACAUCAUCUUUAAAAUGGUUAAAAGAACAUUUUCAAUUAAUUGUUCCCACUGAACAAUUACAUGUGGAAACAGGUUAUGUGUCAUUUCUCGGUGAAAGAUUGCGAACAGGAAAUGUCGAAUUAGAUUCAUUUCAUGUUGGUGGUCGUGCGGCACAUGCUCCGCAUCAUAAUAAAGGUUUUCUGACGAUGCCUAUUCGAAAAAUGCAAACUUCAGAUGAAAAUUCUCUUGGAUUAAUCUCGAAUUUUGCUGUGUAUUGUGUGAAUGGAGAAUAUCCACCGAAUGAUAAUUUUGAAAGUUUAUUAGAAUGGGCCCGAGAACAUCUUCCCAUUGAUUAUUAUUUGAUCAUAAAAUCAACAAAAGUCUUAAGUCCAUUACUUCCCUAUCGACGAGCAUUUGAUCAUCGAAAAUAUGUUGAACGUGUAGGACGAAAAUGGCCACGAAAUUUUCUUCUCUUAGGAGAUGCGAUGUGUGUAUUCAAUCCGAAAAAUGGUCAAGGAAUGACGCAUGCAUGUCGACAAGCAAGACAACUAAAUCAAAUCUUUGAACAAAAGUAUUCUUUAGAGGAUAUCUCGUAUAUUUAUAAUCGUCAAGCCUCAGCCACCAGUGAAGAAUGUUGGUUAGGUUCAACUACGAAUGAUUGGGCUGUACCAACAUUAAAACUAAUUCGAAUGGAUCAGAAUGGAAUCAUUCAAACUUAUUCAUCGACGACAUCUUCACCACCAAAAAUUCCUUUAUUUAUGCAAUUUCUACAAUGGUAUCCUUACUCGUUAAUUCAAUGUGCAUCAAAAUCAGGAGAAUUAUCAACCGCUUUUCUCCAUGUUGUUUUUCAAGAAAAAAGUCCUUUUUCUUUGUUAAAACCGACAUUUUUCUGCAAGAUUCUUUUCUCUUCUAUUGUUCAUUAUUUGAAAUUAACUAAACAAUUCUUCGAUUAA